AAAUGUAAACCGCUGCUCACUCCAGUCCAGCAGGCGGCGGAAGUGUGACGUUACUUCGCCUACAACAAAGAUGGCGACUUCCAUAGAACACGAGGAUUCAUGUGAACAAGAGGACACUGCAGAAGAACCCAAAGCACCAAAGAUCAGAGACACACCAGAAGAUAUCAAACUAGAGGCCAUCGUCAACACAAUCGCGUUUCAUCCCAAUCAAGACAUCCUGGCAGCCGGAGACAUUGACGGAGACAUUUACCUAUUUUCAUAUUCCUGCACUGAAGGAGAAAACAAAGAGCUGUGGUCGUCAGGGCAUCAUCUGAAGUCGUGCAGGAAAGUGCUGUUCUCCAGCGAUGGACAGAAGCUCUACAGCGUGUCUAAAGACAAGGCCGUUCACAUCAUGGACGUGGAGGCUGGGAAACUGGUGACGCGCAUCCCCAAAGCUCACGAGGUCCCCAUCAACGCCAUGCUGCUGGUGGACGAGAAUAUAUUUGCGACGGGCGACGACGAGGGAACGCUGAAGGUUUGGGACAUGAGGAGAGGAACCUCGUUUAUGGAUCUGAAGCACCAUGACGAUUAUAUCAGUGAUAUCACCGUCGAUCAGGCCAAACGGAUCCUGCUCACCGCCAGUGGCGAUGGCACGAUGGGUGUGUUCAAUAUAAAGAGAAGAAGAUUCGAGCUGCUCUCUGAGUUUCAGAAUGGAGAUCUGACGUCUGUUUGCAUUAUGAAAAGAGGCCGUAAGGUGGUUUGCGGAUCUGGCGAGGGCAAAAUAUACAUUUUUAACUGGAAUGGUUUUGGUGCCACCAGCGACCGUUUUGCGGUUCAGGCCGAGUCUGUGGAUUGUAUCGUUCCCAUUACAGACAACAUUCUGUGCGCCGCCUCCACCGACGGCGUGAUCAGAGCUGUCAACGUGCUGCCGAACCGUGUGCUGGGCAGCGUCGGGCAGCAUGUCGGCAUGUCCAUCGAGGAGAUCGCGCAAUCCCGAGACACGCGCUUUCUGGCCAGCUGCGCUCACGACGAGCUCAUCAAAUUCUGGGACAUCUCCAGCUUACCCGAUAUGAAAGUCAACGAUUAUCGGCGGAGAAAGAAGACAGACAGACGCCUCAAAGCUCUGAGUAACAAAGCUUUCGAUACAGGACAGAACUUCUUCGCCGGCCUUGUAGACACAACUGAAGAAAACAGCAAAAAAGAAGAGGAGGAGGAGGAGGAAGAUGACAGUGACAGUGACAGUGGAAGUGACUAAAAAUGCUUUAUUGCAAAAGCUCCUGCAAUAUUGUGUUGCUUUUUGUAUAUUUCAUGUACAUUUUCUGAAUCGGUUUCAAACGCACACAUAUGUAGGUAUAUGUAUUUGUAUAAUAUAUAUAAUAUUAGAAUAGAUGCAGUGCUGUCAUAUUCUUGUUGAUCAUAAAUCUCAACACAAAA